AUGCACCAGCCUGAAGGUUUUUCAGAAGGAAAGAAGGAUAUGGUGUGUAGAUUGAAGAAGAGCUUGUACGGCCUGAAACAAGCUCCAAGGCAGUUGUAUAGGAAGUUUGAGAGCUUCAUGCACAAGGAAGGUUUCCAGAAGUGCAAUGCUGAUCACUGUUGUUUCUUCAAGAGAUAUGAGUCCAGCCAUAUCAUAUUGCUACUUUAUGUCGAUGACAUCCAUUGGAAGUUUGAUGUACGUGAUGGUCCGUACGAGGCCAGACAGUGGACAUGCAGUGGGAGUUUGGAUGCACCACUUACUCUGUCCUUCUCAACUUACAUGUCCCUGGUCGUGGUGUAUGGGAACAUUUUGAUAUACUGCCGUAAAAAGUUGUUGGUCCCUUGGUAUUGGUAUGUUGUCCUGGGCUUCGUUGACGUCCACGGGAAAUACAUCGCAUGGACAGUCAUUCUCACAUGGAUUUUCUUGGGUACAAAAUACUCGGUUAAUCAGUUUGUGGGUUCGGCUGUUUGUGUGGCCGGCCUCAGCCUAGUCUUCCUUUCUGAUGCAGGGGUGGCCGGUGGAGGUGGUUCGAUUCCUGUUUUGGGUGAUUGUCUUGUAAUCGCAGGCUCGUUUUUUUAUGCAAUAAGCAAUGUUGGAGAGGAAAAAGAUCAAACUGAGGCAGUGGCUAUGAUUGGCAUGUUCGGCAUGCUCGUUAGUGCAACUGAGAUUACUGUCCUCGAGAGGAAGGCAUUCGAGUCGGUCAAAUGGUCUGUUGGACUUGUAACUUAUUUCAGCUUAUGCUGGUUAUGCAGUGGCAAGCUUUCUGUUCCAUUAAAUUCUCCCAAUUGUUCUCAAGGCUAG